AUGAUGGCAAAUCAAACACAGUAUCAACAACCAUUUUUUAAUAAUAAAUUAUCUACUUGUUCAACUUUAUCGUCAAAUUCAUCUUCAACUACAGAUUUUAAUGAUUUAAAAGAAGAUUUUGACUGUGAUUUAUUACCAGAUUUAUGGCAAACUUCAUCAAAUGAAUCUAGUAUAUCAUGUAAUACAAACUAUGCAAAUUUAUCAAAACCAUUUAAUACUAGUACUACUAGUAGUACUACUACUACUAAUACAACAAGAUCAUUAUUUGAACCACAAUUUAAUUUAUUUUCAUCACCAUCACCACCUCAACAAAUUAAUCAAAUUCAACAUCAACCUGUUAAUAGUAUUUGGAAUUUACAUGUUGAUAGUAUGUUAUCCUCAGAUGAUGAUUUAUUUAAUUUUGAUCAAGUUAUUCCUCAACAAAAGCAACCUGUUAAUACACAAUUAUAUAAAACUGAAUUAUGUGCUAGUUUUAUGAAGAUUGGUAUUUGUCCUUAUGAUAGUAAAUGUCAAUUUGCUCAUGGUGAAUUGGAAUUGAAGAAAGUUGAAAGAAGUCCUAAAUGGAGAUCAAAACCUUGUCAAAAUUGGACAAAAUAUGGUACUUGUAGAUAUGGUAAUAGAUGUUGUUUUAAACAUGGAGAAUAA